UUGCUAAUCAUAUCAAGGCAAGUUGCCAAGUUACCAAAAGGCUCGCAUAUUAUAAACUCCGCAUACAUACCCGCCAAGAGAGAGAGAGAGACAGAGAAGAGAGAGGGAGGGAGAGACGCCAUCCCUGCAUGAACGCCGCCAUGCUCGCGUUUCUACGGCGGCGUCGCCCCGCCCUUCCCCUCCUCCUCCUCUUCGCGCUCGCGACCGUCUCUCGUUCUCAGUCCUGGCCUCCGGACUACGGCGAAGCGCUCGCGAAGAGCCUCCUCUACUUCGAGUCGCAGCGCUCCGGGCGUCUGCCGCACAACCAGCGCGUCGCCUGGCGCGGCCACUCCGGCCUCACCGAUGGCCUCGAGCAAGGGGUGGACCUGGUCGGAGGAUACUACGACGCCGGCGACAACGUCAAGUUCGGCCUCCCAAUGGCGUUCACCAUCACAAUGCUGUCGUGGGGGGUGAUCGAGUACGGCGAACAGAUCGCCGGCGCCGGCGAGCUGGCGCACGCGCUCGAGGCCAUCAAAUGGGGCACCGAUUACUUCAUCAAAGCUCACACCCACCCCAACGUCCUCUGGGCUCAGGUGGGUGACGGGGACACGGACCACUACUGCUGGCAGCGGCCGGAGGACAUGACGACGUCCCGGCAGGCGCACAAGGUGGACGAGAACAACCCGGGGUCGGACAUCGCCGGCGAGACGGCGGCGGCAAUGGCGGCGGCCUCCAUCGUGUUUAGGGAGACGAACCCACAUUACUCCCGCCUGCUAUUGCACCACGCCCAGCAGCUGUUCGAGUUCGGAGACAAGAGGAGAGGGAAGUACGACGCGAGCGUGGCGGCGGCGAAGGGGUACUACCCGUCGGUGAGCGGGUACAACGACGAGCUGCUGUGGGCUGCACUGUGGCUCUACAAGGCCACCGACAGCGCCGACUACCUGGAGUACGUGCUGGACAACGCGGCGUCGCUCGGUGGGAUCACCUGGGCCAUCGCCGAGUUCAGCUGGGACGUCAAGUUCGCUGGCGUCCAAACCCUGGCCUCCAUGUUGCUGAUGGAUGAUGGAGCAAAACACGAGCCGCACAGACAGAUCCUGGAACAGUAUCGUGCCAAGGCCGAGCACUACUUGUGCGCUUGCCUCAACAAGAACAACGCGACCAACGUGCACCGCACCCCCGGCGGCUUACUGUUCGUCCGCAAGUGGAACAACAUGCAGUACGUAGCGAGCGCGGCCUUCCUGCUGUCGGUCUACUCCGACCACCUCCGGGCGGUCGACCAGACGCUCAGCUGCGACGGGGAGCAGGUGGACCCGCAGGAGCUCCUCCGCCUGGCGAAGUCCCAGGUCGACUACAUCCUGGGGGACAACCCGCGCGGCACGAGCUACUUGGUGGGCUACGGCGAUAGCUACCCUCUGAGGGUACACCACCGGGGCGCCUCCAUCGAAUCCUACAGGAGGAACAAGGGGUUCAUCGGGUGCACGCAGGGGUACGACAACUGGUUCGGACGCCGCGUCCCGAACCCGAACGUGGUGGUUGGGGCGCUCGUGGGCGGGCCCGACAACAUGGACCGGUUCAGGGACGAGAGGAAGAAUUUUAUGCAGACGGAAGCGUGCACAUACAACACAGCGACAUUGGUUGGUGCAUUGGCUAGACUGAGUAGCUUAGAUUUGGGCGAUACUGAUGAGGGUGUUAACUCCUUUGACCUGUCAUCGCGUGCCUCAAUCUGAAAAAUAUAGCUUUUAGUGCGUCGUGCUGUGUACAUGCUCAUUUAUACAAAGAUAAUAUUCCAAAGUAUAGAAAUAAAAAGAAAAUUAAUUUGUUA